AUGGCUCUUACCGGAAACCCUCCUCCUGACCAGCUUCUUCCCGAGGAGAGAUACCAGUAUCUACCAAACCUUAUCAUUCUCUGCUACUACGAUGAUAUAGCGAUAGCUUCUAAGGAUGAGAAACUCGUCAGAGUGGUUUGGAACCUACUUGACCGCAUAGGGGAACGCCUAGGGAUUACUUUCCCAGCUGAAAAGUCCUCUUGGUUAACUUCUAGUACUUCCACUACCACUUCACACUUGGGCCUUUCCUGGUUCUUUGAAGCUGACCGCCUUAGAGCGUCCUGUGCUAUCCCUGAUCUCAAUUGCCUCGAUACAGCGUUGGAUGGUGCUGUUACGAAGCGAGGUUUAUUCAGCCUCUGUGGUAAGUUCACGGACCCUCUAUCACUGCAUCCAGAAAGAGAUCUGCUAGUGGAUUCUAUUCGGUCAUGGUCUGGCCGAUUCGGUCAUGCCACUGAUAGAGCCUCCUGGGAUUCUGAGCUCCGCAUUAAUAGGAGAGAUAGGGAAAAGCUCAAGCGGCUACUGAGCAAUAUAAAGGAGCUCUCUACUCAAUGCAAGCAUCAGAGUUGGGCCGGCUACAAGCACAUAAUUGUCACCAGCGACGCAUCUGCUACUGGCUACGGCUGGUCGGUGAUGGCGACAUCAUGCUCUACUGCAAACACUACCAAUAUACCGGUUGUGGAAAAGUCCAAACGCUUCCCAGACGCUUUGAAAUGGCACUGCAACCGACUAGAAAUGUUUGCUAUAGUCGACGCGGCAAAGCGUUUGUUGAGGCUGGUGGAGAUUGGCUUGCAAGCCGAUCAGAUCAUUUUCCUAUCCGACAACAGUAGUGCUGUUAGCGGGUGUCGAUCCAAACAGCCUCGGCUCGGUAGUUAUGACAAACUGGCGUUGCAAAGGCUUACUCAGCAAUUCACUGACAUAGAACGGCUUUUGCGCGGCCGUAACAUAACUGUUUCGAUCACCCAUCUUGCUGGUAACAGCAACACUCGGGCUGACUUCUUGUCUAGACUACCAGGUUCGCUGGAUCUACCCACGGGGGCGCCUCAAAACGGCAGUGUCUUUGUCCUCGUUGGUUCUGCUGAUCCAUUACAUGACCGCGGCUCUCUAGAUGGACCCCUCUAUGACCACAGCUUCCUCGAGCAGUGUUCCAACGCUCUCCGAUACGAUGCCACAACCUGGCGCGGCAUCGAGCUCAGGCGUCUAGUUAAUUCACAAGACGACAACACUGAGAAGAAGGUCAAAACCAACCUAUUUUCUGUCAGCGAUCUCGGUAACGUCUACUUUGUUGACACUAACGGUACUCAUCGUCUAUAUGUGCCACACGAGCCUACCGUCGAGCGCCACUCGACACUGAGAUGGAAACUACUCCUCAAGGCACAUUGGCCUCACUGCCCGUUGCAGAAUAUGAAGAACAGACUCCGCGAGCAGUGUUGGUGGCCAAAAAUGAAGAGUGACAUCAACAAGUUAUAUCAGAACUGUUUCUCUUGUCGACGAGAACUACUACGCCUAGUACCGCUGGGUGGUCAGAGGUCACGCCAACUUUCUAAGAGGUUCGACACCUUGGUUAUAGACUUCUGUGGGCCUUUUUCUGACAUCACAGUCGAUGGUAUCACAUCACCACACAUCAUCAUACUCAUCGACUCCUUUACUACUUGGUUAGAACUCCGUCUAGUCGAAGGUCCCACCGCUCGAGCAGCUGCGAAGUCCGUAAUCGAAUGGUCCCUACGCUUUGGUAGCCCCCUAUAUCUGGUUUCUGAUAGAGGUCUGGCGUUUACAGCCGAGCUCACGAAACUCGUGAACAAGGCCCUCUGCAUAGACUCCGUUCUCAGUGGCGGUUAUCAUCCUACACCACAAGGACAAGCUGAGAAGGCUGUCUCCCUCGUCAAGUCAUCUCUGAGGAAACUAUGUGCUCACGUGCCUAUGCAACUUGCGUUGCAAAACCUCCAAUGGAUCUGCCGGUUCCACAAUACAGCACCUAGAUCCUACGGUGACGAAGACAUAACUCCAGAAGACCUUGUAUACGGCGGCAGGAGUCGUGACGCAUUACAGGCCUUGCUGGAGGCAGACUGCUCUCGGAGCUCUGCACAUGAUGGUGAUUCAGCCUCAUACUUGAGGCAAUUGCAAGAUGAAGUUACUUCAUUGAAUACCGCCUGGAGGACUAUACUGUCGGAAGGACGCGCUCUCAAUCUCUCUGGUAACUAUCGCCUAGAGCCGUCUGUGGUACAAGGCGAGAGGGUAUUCCGAAUCAUAGUAGACGGUCUAGGAAAACGACGCAUCCUGGGUCCCUACACAGUUCAUGAGCUACGAGGCGAAGAUUCUUCUAUGGCCAUCCUAUCUAUACGCGGUGAAGUACUCCCCAACCCCGUACCUCUAUGGCAACUUUUCCAUGCUCCUAACGACGACAUCAUCAAGGCGUACGGCACGUUAGGCAUCCCCGAGCUAGACGACCUCUUAGCCAAAUCCUGUGAGUCGCUCGCUCCCGAAGAUCUUAUUUGUUUCCGGAACCCAGGAGAAGAUAUCGAAGGGAUUAUCUCUAUUGACCUCGGUAGAAUACAACACAACAACAUCGACAACAAGGAACUAAAAAUCCGUCGACUGGUAAUGGAUGCCGAUGGUAUCUGGUAUGAUACAACUGACAACUUCGUCUAUAUAUCUUACUCUGACGUGUGCUGCACAGGGCCGAAGGUAUCAUUAGAUCCAACUGGUCGCAUCAGCAGAAGUCUACACGCUCUGCUCCAGCGCAUUGGCGUUGAGAUAUGA